AUGCCACAAAUCCUGGACUCGCGGGACGACGGUGUAUCCCCGCACCGGUUUGACCAGUGCCACCUGCCGGCUGGCGAGGUAACGACGAAGCAGACGGCGGCGCUGCCAGCGCCCAAUGUCUUCUUCGCCGGCACGCCUGAGCGGGUGUGUCUGACCCUGUUCGACGUGCCCGAGACCGGCAACCUGACGCUGACGUUCAGGAGAAGUGAGAGUAGCCCGACGUUCGCACAGCACACCCAGCAGGUGUCAGGCGUGGCGGCCCCAUCCGCCGUGGACUACACCAUAUCAGGAAGUCUACGCGUCCGUAUCUAUUUAAGCGACGUUCCUGAAGAGCAUCACUUCCUUCAGACGGACAAGUACAUAUACAAGGCGGGACAGCUGGUCCGCUUCCGCGUCUUCUCCGUCGACUCGAACCUGAGGCCGAUUUCGGAGCCGUUGCCGCAGAUUUACAUCGAAUCGCCGGCCGGGACGAGGGUGGCGCAGUGGACAGAUGUGACUGGUCAGAGCGGGCUGGUGCAGCUUGGAGAUGCAGCUGGCCGAGGAACCCAGUCUGUGGCGGGGCGUAAGGUGAAAAAGACAUUCAAGGUCGAGGAAUUUGUGUUGCCCAGGUUCGAGGUCAACAUCCAGGGUCCUCCAUUCAUUCUGGGUGACGCCGAAGAAGUGGCGUGGAAGGUGUGCGGAAGGUACACCUACGACAAGCCGGUGCAAGGAAAGGCAACCAUUCGUGUCACAACUGACGGGUAUGCCUGGUGGCAUUACUUCCCAAGCACGCAUAUCCAAGAAAAACACACCUCCGGGGACGACUGCGUCGUGUUCCACGUCAGGAGCGGAGAUCUCAGCUUCGGAUUCAAAUCCCGGAGUUUGGAGGUCACCGCCGAACUCACAGAGGACGGCACUGACGUCACGAUUAACAGCACCAAAACGUUCACCGUUGAGUACCAGAAGCUGAAGCUGGACACUGAAAACCAGAGAAGCAAAUAUUUCAAGCCAGGACUUCCCUUCGCCGAUCAGAUCACGGUACGCCACCCGGACAACACACCAGCUCCCGGUGAGCUGGUCCGGCUGUGUUUUGAGACCCACCGGACGACGACAGACCUCGGAAUCACCAUCAAGUCUUCUGCCGAUCCGGUCUGUCUGAACGUCACGUCUGACAGCAAAGGUGUGGUCGCGUUCACUCUGCCACCUCAAGAUCAGAAAAUCGAAGACAUAUCUAUUCAGGCCACGAUACCGCGCCUAUCCGAGACCAGGUACCCGUACGGCGGAAGCAGUUGGUCUUUCGCCCGGCGCUAUUGGUACCCAUCAACAUGGAUGAGAUCGCCCAGACUCAAGUACAACGUUGAGGGCUGGUCUUCUGAGUCAGGAGCCUUUGUGCAGCUGCUUCGGCUGCCCCGCAAGGAGUUCACGUGCGGCACUGAGGCCCGCAUUGACGUCUUCUUCACGACCCGUCUGGGAUCGCAGUUCGAGCUGUUUUACCAGGUCAUGGCCAACAGCGACAUCUUGCUGGCGGACUUAGUGCCGGUGACGUUUUCCGAGGCGGUCGACGCCUCUGCACUGCAGGAGGGCAGGGUCGUUAACCUGCCCACGGUGUCCGGGUCACAUCCCGUCGGUCAGGUGGCGCUCGCGAUCCCAGUGACGUCAUCCAUGUCCUCGGGCUUCCAUGUUCUGGUCUACAUGGUGAUUGAUGGCGAGGUGAUCGCGGACAGCCAGUCAUAUGCUGCGGAGCGCUGUCUGGACAACCAGGUGUCGCUGAGCUGGUCGCCUGACCGCGUCCAGCCGCGGGACACCGUGCAUCUGACGGUCACGGCAGCUCCCCGCUCACUUUGUGGACUCGAUGUGGUUGACAAAUCGGUGAGCCUACUCGGCGAUAAGAGCAAGAUCACGCUGUCUGACAUCUAUGAGAGCCUUCGAGUUCUCACCUCGCGUGUUGGCAUCAGUCAGAUCAACGACGACGAGUACUGCAGGGCCAAACACGGACUGCCGCUGCUCUCGGACCCCCCUGGCUCCCCACCAGCCAGGCGGAGGAGGCCGUUCCAGUCGGGUAUUACUAGUACACCACUGCGGCGUUACUCUUGGGCUUCGACCCAUGCAGAUUCGCUCACCGCAUUCGGUAGCAGCUCAGUCAUGGUGUUGUCCGACCUUGUCACCGAGGCGCGCAAUUGUAUUGCCAAAAUCCUCCCAUAUUAUCCUCGGCGUCCUACCUUUGCCUCCGGAGCCAUCAUUACUGAAAGCGAUUGGGCUAUAGGCGCUGGCAUCUCCAGACCAUUUUCAACAGCCACACGACAACAAACGACAUAUUCCAGCUACGUCACUUCCACCAAAGUCCCGGACCCGGUCCCCUCAGUAGUGGUUUCCAACGCCCCGGCGCCGCCUCCGUCCGAGGUGCCUGACGAGGUUCGCACCGACUUCCGCGAGACGUGGUUGUUCGACCUCUACACAGUCGGGGACGACGGCUCGGUGACGUUGACACAGAAAGUACCGGACACCAUCACCGAGUGGGUAGGCGGAGCCGUGUGCAGCUCGGAGACGGCCGGCCUUGGCGUGGCGCCGUCGGCCUCCCUCACCAGCUUCCAGCCGUUCUUCGUCAGCUACACGCUGCCCUACUCGGUGAAACGCGGCGAGACGCUCGUGCUCAAGGUCUCGGUGCUCAACUACAACGAAGAGGCACUGCCGGUCAAGCUGACACUGGUGGCGUCGGACGAGUUCGAGACGCUCUCGGCGCCGGUGGUGACCUCGUGCGUGUCGACCGGCGUGGCCGAGGUCGUGCCGUACCGGCUGCGGCCCGGCCAGCUCGGCGACGUUAACAUCACCGUGGUGGCUGAAGUGUACUCCGACUUCCCCGCCGAGUGUGGGUCAGAGGUGGUGCCCUACUUCAGGGAUGCCGUGACCAGGCCGAUUCUGGUGGAGCCGGAGGGCUUCGAGCAUGAAGUCAGCCACUCCUUCUUCAUGUGCAUCAGCCCGGAGGGUGCCGACCUGUCGAGCGGACCGAAUAGACGGGAGGUUGACUGGCCGCUGCUUCUGCCGGCCGACCUGGUGCCCGACUCCGAGCGGGCCCAGAUCGCCGUCGUCGGAGACCUGCUGGGACCCAGCAUUGACAACCUGGAGUCGCUGGUACGGCAACCAACCGGUUGCGGCGAACAGAACAUGGUACUCUUCGUUCCCAACAUUCACGUCAUGAAGUAUUUGACUGCAGUUGGUGAACUGACUGAGCGAAUCAAGGAUAAACUUGUCAGCUUUAUGAGAUCAGGCUACCAGCGCGAGCUGGGCUACCGUCACGAGGACAAAUCCUACUCGGCAUUCGGCAAGUCGGACGCCUCAGGCUCCAUGUGGCUGACCAGCUUUGUCAUCAAGUCGUUCGGUGACGCAAAGGAGUUCAUUUUCAUCGACGAGUCUGAUCUGGAAGGAAGUGUGCGAUGGAUCGAAUCCCAUCAAUUGGGUAACGGCUGCUUUCCAUCUGUGGGGACGGUCCUCUACAAGCAAAUGAAGGGCGGCGUUGGGUCCGGCGGCCAGCAGGCGCUGACGGCCUACAUCACCAUCGCGCUGCUGCAGUCGGGGAUCGAGCUGGGCGAGAACACCGUCCACGGCGCCUUCCGCUGCCUGACACAGGACAUCAGCUCUGACCUGUACACGCUGACCCUGCUGACGCACGCGCGCGCCGUGGCCGGCCGCCUGGACGAGGCGCGGUUUGGUCUGACAGAGCUCAAGAGCCGCGCCACCAGGGAGGAGGGCCUGGUGUACUGGCGCAACGAAGGCUCUGACGAGAAUCGGGCACUCAGCGUAGAGAUGGGUGCCUAUAACAUCCUGACGAUGAAGCUGCUGGAGAAAGCCGGUGACGACAGAAGCGAACACUUAACCGACGCGUUGGGUGCCGUGCGCUGGAUCACCCAGCAGCGCAACAGUCGCGGCGGCUUCGUGUCCACGCAGGAUACGGUGCUGGCGCUGGAGGCACUGGCCGCCUUCUCGGCCGACCUGCUUGGCUCCAGCAGCACCGACCUGCGAGUACGCGUCUCCGAUGACGGCUCGCUGAACGACGUCAUCAACGUGACGGCGGACAAUCUGCUACUGAUGCAAACUCGUGACGUCACGCUGCUGCCAGGUCACGUCCACGUCAGAGCACAGGGCACCGGCUGCGCCCUGGUGCAGGCCUCGUUGAAAUACAACGUGCAUACAGCCGGUCCAAACGACGCACUGACGAUCAAGGUGACCACCAAGCCCAAAAUGAACCAGCGGGAAUGUCUGAAGCAUACCAUAGACAUCUGCGUCAGCUACCUGAAGGAGGAUAGCGAAACCAAUAUGGCUGUGGUUGAGCUGGACAUGGUCAGCGGGUUCAUUCCCAACAAGGGAAGUCUGAAUGACCUCAAGCAGAACGUCGAGUUGGAUCUGAAGCGCUGGGAGGUCAACAACAACAAGGUGGUCUUCUAUUUCGACUCGCUGGGAGGAAAGGAGCGCUGUUUCGGCAUCAUCGUACAGCGGGAGCAGGAGGUGGAAGAUGCCAAACGGGCGGUGGCCAGCGCAUAUGAUUAUUACCAGACAGAGUUCGCCCGGAGCGCGUCGUACGCCCUGGACGUCAACUGCGACACAGUGCUGCUGUAGCCAAUAGCCGAUUACAACGCCUGUGUCCGAGAACGACCAGCAAGGAGGUAACGCUGCCUGGGCCGCCGUGCCCUGUCCAGCUCAGUAGGACGCGCGGUCCGCCAACGACACGGGCUGAGGACGCUUGUGAUUAUUGGGAAGGACAUAGACAACAGUCUUCCGGAAUUUUUCUGAUGGGUUAAUUCACUGAUAUCACAUUGAUGGCAUCCAGAGUUUGCAGUGAUGCGUAGCUGCGUCUCGCACGUCCUUGUCAGUGUGAUCACGGUUUGGUGCUAAGAACAGUUGUGGACGCUGUUGGCUACCACCCGAGCACCACGCGUCUUUGAAUGGACACGAGCUUUGACUUAUUACAACGCCGGCCGGUCGCCAUAACUGUCUGUCUGUAAAUAAAUAAAUAAAUGUAAAUAACUUUCUGUCUGUAGCUUUCUGUCUGGUUUGUUCUUUGAUAAUCAUACCGUGAAGAAUAUAGAUGAGGGCGAGCCGAGUAAAGUUACUGCAAUCACGCUGCUGGAUAUCGCAUUAUCAGCCGUUGAACUGCUACGCUUUGCUCGCGCUUUAAGCUCUCACUUCACUCGGCAUCUCUGCCGUGUGCUGAACCUUGCUUUUCAGGCAACUU